AUGGCAGGCAAUGGCACGGAAAAUGUACAAUACCUUACUCCUCCGGCCGUAACUGCCUUGCGGCAGGAGGCCCGGAGUGUCGACCCGAAAAAGCACCCCGUAAUGCGUACCUCGAGCAGUGAUAAUAUGCGGGAAGAACGGGAAGACUUGAGGGAAGCGGCGGAGCAAACUCUGAAUGUUAUCGUCGACCUCGACCUAGAUGGGCGCGUCAAAUGGGUUAGUCCUUCCUGGAAGCAGGUUGUGGGGACAGCUCCGGAUACCAUAGAAGGACAAAUGAUUUCGGAUGUUGUAGUGGACAACAAAAGUGCUUUUUGCGACGCAAUAGAAUCUCUGAAAGAAGACGACUCUCGCAGUCGUUUUAUUCGCGUUUCAAUGCAGUUAGGACCCGAUUCCGUGUUGAAGUAUUCACCUGAACCAAAACCGGAGCAGGCAGAUGGCACGAACGACGUGGAGGAACCGUCAACUGAGUCGGAGGAGCAUGGCUCGCAUGUUUUGAACUUGGAGGGGCAGGGUAUUAUGGUUUAUGACCGCACGACAGAAGGGGUUGCUCAUACCAUGUGGAUGUUAAGACCAUUUUCCAAGCCUCGAGAAGUCACAAUCGACUUGCCAUCUUCGUUGGUGGAAUCCUUGGGGAUUGGAGCCGAGGUACUCGCGAACUACCUAACAGUUCUAGCAGAAGCCGCUGCCAAUGAACCGGAUCAAUCUAAACACCCUGCACCGGAGCCUAUAUUGUGUCGCAUUUGUGAGCGACAGAUAACUCCUUGGUGGUUCGAGAAGCAUUCAGACCUUUGUCUUCAAGAGCACCAAGCAGAAAUGGACGUUCAGAUCGCUCAAGAGAACCUAAACGAGCACCGGCAUGCCAUUGUUAGGGUACUAGAUGCUUUGGAGGCAAGGCAGGGUAGACCAGUGACUCUCCGUGACGGCAGCACCCCGCCAUUGCCCCAACCAGAGUAUAAAGGGUUGCCGAUUGGUCCUUCUCCCAUCGCUUCGGCGCCAUCCUCAGGCUCGGCAUCGACAUCUAGCUCUGCUCCUGCUACCCCUCCAAGGUCCAGGGAUCAGUCGGUUUCUGGCACCGGCCAUUCGCGGGCGCGAUCCUUCGCAGUUCGGCGGCCUCUAGCCCGUGUUGUUGAGUUGAUUCUCGACCUCUGUGAUACCUCGUUAGAGAUCAACUUGCCAGUUCUCAGAGAGUCCCGAGGUGAUAACGGUGACGAUUUUCGGACCAUGUCACCACAAUCGGAGUCUCGCAUUUCCCAGGUACUUCAGUGGCAAUCACCAAGCUCUAAUACCCUGGAGCAGGAGCAAGGCCUUGCUGCAUUGUGUAUGGAUACAGAGCAGGUUGCCAGAUCAAAGGUUGAUGCAAUUAUACGUCACCGCAGAAUUGUCGAAUACGCAGAAAGGAUCCGGAUUGAGUACACAGUGCUGGUAGAAGAGUGUAUUGCCGCAGCUUUGAGAAAGGCUGAGCGUAUCGCUGCCGGCCAACUAAGCGAUUCAAGCUCUUCCUCGGAAGACGAUCUACCGCAGGACGAUACUAUCCCCGACGCUGCUGCUUCUUCGGCUUCUAUUCUCACACAAAAUGCAGGCCAUGAGUCAGAGCUGCCUCCACCAGUUUCGGCUUUGACAAUGUCGAUGCGUAACGCGCCCGACCGGGCUCAAUCAGGCCAGUCAGGUCACUCUUCUGAGGGGAAAACAUCAUCCGUUGCUGUUUCAACCGGGCCAUCUAGCCCCAUGGAAUGCCCAACUCCUCGCUCCCACAAGAGUGCUGCUGGAUUGCUCGGGACUUCUCAAACUUCGCGACGUGGUUUAUCACUGGCAGAUAUCGAUUCAGGCGACCAAAGUGAUAGCAGCAUCGUCUCGUCCACCAUUGCAGGAGCCAUGCGAACCGACUCGCCUUCGUCCGAUAGGAGUAUGGAUCGUAAACGCAGGAGCCUGGUCCUUCCAGGGCUCUCCGGCUCACCUCGACGGCAGCAUUCCCCAGCUAGGGUGUCUGGCCCUCAUUCACCACUACGCAUGCCUAAACCGCGCCUUUCUACUGGAGCUGAAAGUCUAUCAUCACCAAUCGUAUCCCCGUCGGCCAACCUAGGCGAGUUAUCUCUGCACCACUAUCGGCAUCAUCGUCGCCAGUCGUCCACAACUUCUUCUGAUGUACCCAGGCCACCCGUCUCACCUCAUCUGACCACUGCCAGCCAGCCCCAACCUCGACCUAUGCCUCCAUCUAUCAAAGAUUUUGAAAUUAUCAAACCUAUUAGUAAGGGUGCAUUUGGCAGCGUCUAUCUGACCAAGAAGAAAACGACUGGAGAAUAUUAUGCAAUAAAGGUGCUGAAGAAGGCAGACAUGGUUGCUAAGAAUCAGGUGACGAACGUCAAAGCCGAACGAGCGAUCAUGAUGUGGCAAGGGGAAAGUGAUUUUGUCGCGAAGCUAUACUGGACCUUUUCCAGCAAAGACUAUCUCUAUCUGGUAAUGGAGUAUCUGAAUGGAGGGGAUUGUGCUUCACUUGUCAAGAUCCUAGGUGGCUUGCCUGAGGAUUGGGCCAAAAAGUACAUCGCUGAAGUUGUUCUAGGCGUGGAGCAUCUCCACAAUCGAGGGAUUGUGCACCGUGACCUCAAACCAGACAACCUACUCAUUGAUCAGAAGGGUCAUCUCAAGUUGACCGAUUUUGGAUUGUCUCGAAUGGGCCUUGUUGGGCGUCAAAAGCGUGUUCUGAAGACUAUGAACGAACAAGGAGUGGACAUCCUGAAGCAAGGCGCGUUUCCUAGAGCUACAUCAAUCGCUUCGUCUCGAUCUGCUUCAUUCGAUUUCCAGGGCAGUAACUCCCCGGGAUCUACCCCAUUGAUCACGCCAGACGCGGCAGGUAGCAUGCCUCAACCGUCCUACUUCAGCUUGAGCCAAGGUGGGCUCAGUAGACAGACUUCUCGCCGAGAAUCUGGGCAUCGCAGUGAUAGUGGGGGCAGCGAGAACCUAAAUGCUAUCUUUCGAACACUGUCACUGCACGAAGGCGAAACGCCUGGUGCAUUAUCUAUCCCUAUCCCCCCACCUUCCUCGUCUGAUAGUGCACACGAGGAAGAGGGCCAGAGCGAGACAGGGGAAUCUCCCUAUCUACAGCCACUUCAACCAUCGCAAAGCAAUUUGUCAACUGGCACACCACCUCAGCAAAGCAUGAUGCCUCCGUUGAUGGCUUUGUUCGAUCCCGAGGACCAUAAUAGACGCUUCGUUGGUACACCGGAUUAUUUAGCACCAGAGACGGUCAAUGGUAUUGGCCAGGACGAAAUGAGCGAUUGGUGGUCUUUAGGCUGCAUCAUGUUCGAAUUUCUCUUUGGCUACCCACCUUUCAAUGCUGCCACUCCAGAUGAAGUGUUUGAGAACAUCCUCCAUAGAAGGAUCAACUGGCCCGACGAGAUUGAAGAAUUGGCAUCACCCGAAGCUAUUAAUCUCAUGAACAAGCUCAUGGCCAUGAAUCCUCGUGAGCGAAUAGGCGCAAACCUGGAGGAAAAGUACCCCAACGGAGGAACAGAGAUUCGGCAUCACCCUUGGUUUGUGGAUAUCAACUGGGAUACACUCUUAGAGGAUAAAGCCCAGUUUGUCCCGAACCUAGAGAAUCCUGAAGAUACAGAAUACUUCGACGCUCGUGGUGCCACGCUUCAGGCUUUCACUGAAGAAGACGAGAGCUCCCCCCAGCCUCCAGUCACAACUGGCUCAUAUAUAGACCGACCACAUGAUGCACUUUAUAAGGUUCGCUCGCAGGUCAACUCGAUCAAACGACCUUUGAUGCCUUUGCAUAUUCCCCCGCAUGUCCGGGAAUCUAGGAGCAGGAGAUUAAGUGAACCUUCAUUGGCAGAUGACUUUGGGAAUUUUGCCUUCAAGAACCUACCUAUGCUUGAGAAAGCCAACAAAGAUGUGAUCCAGAAGCUACGACAGGAGGCAUUGCAAGCACAACAGCGCCAGGCAAGCAACCCGGGGGCUCAGCAACCCCCACAGACUCAAGGCCAGGCUCACAACCAAAACCAAAGCCAGACUCCAGCUCAACCCCAAGGGCCCAGUCCACCCUCCUCGGGGCCGUCACUGGAAGGAAGUCCAUUGCCGAUGUCCCUUCAGCGGACUAUGUCUCAGUCCAAAGGGAACAACAGACCUGCGUCCCCGUCCGCUCUCAGUCAGGCCAACUCAUCUCCAAGUCGGCCAUCACAGCCUUCAUCUCCGCUUCUUGUUCAAUUCAGCACCGGCCAUAACCACGAGCGGAGAAAGACUUCAGGGUCGUCCUCAACAACAACAUCUCAUCAGUCCAGUGGAUCUUUCCAGCCUACCCCUGCCGAUCAAACUCGCACGGCAAAUAAUCAAAAUAACAAAUUUGUCUCUGCAGCGUCAUCUCCGAUCAAACCAAGAGGAGGUGGAACACUUUCCCCCGAUAAGACAGUCCCCAGUCAACAUCGGCAGGGUAGUGCGCCGGCAACGAGGACACGGUCUCAAACAAUUGGCUCUCAAGAUGGGGGUGAAUUGUCCUCCUCUCUGGCUAGAGAAACUUAUGUCGGUGGCCACCAUAAACGUCGGAGUCAACUAUUUGACAUCUCGCCUUCUUCGUCUGACAGUGAGGAUCCACGUGCAAAGGCUCUACUAAAAGUGCAGCGGCGCCGCCAGAGCUCAAGACGACUUUCGCAGAUUAACUUCCCCGAGGGCCCCUAUUUCCGACCGCUGGACAUACUUAUUUGCGAAGAUCACCCAAUCUCGCGCUUGGUCAUGGAGCGUCUUUUUGAGAAACUCCGCUGCCGCACUAUCACCGUUGCAAACGGGGGAGAAGCAGUUCGCUACGCGCUUAGUGAGGUGCAAUUCGAUAUUAUUAUGACUGAAUUCAAACUCCCACAAGUCAACGGUGCCGAUAUUGCGCGAAUGGUCAGGGAAACGCGCAGUGCCAAUCGUCACACGCCCAUAAUCGCUGUAACCAGCUAUCUAAAGGAUCUCCCAGAAACACAUCAUUUCGACGCACUUAUCGAAAAGCCGUCGACACUGACAAAGCUAACUGAAGUUCUAUGUAAGUUUUGUCAGUGGAAACCGCCUCCAAAGGACUACAAUCCGUCGACGUAUACAGCUGCUCGCCACACACCUCCCACUCAAGCCGAGAAUAGUCCAAGCUCAACCGUAUCAUCUAAUUUUGCACAUGUGCCCUCUAGCUCAUACCGGGGCUCCAGCCGUGAAGAUUCAGUUGGGAGUAGCUAUUUCGGCGACUUGGAUUCGAUCAAGGCUGAGGAUGUUCCUGUCAUCGUAAGUCGACAAACAGACGACUGGGGCCAAAACGCAGAAGGCUUGGGCAUAUCCGAGGAAUCGAAUGAUGUCCAGGAAAUUGCGGAUAACGACUACGAGGAUCAGAACACAGUACCGUUCCCGAGUUUGCCUCACGCGGCUUCAAGUCCACCAACACUAAGCCCUUCCGGCAUGCUUACGCCCCGAAAACAGCGUUCCAGUGAAGCAAUUCAAGCAAAGAGAGAGUCCCUCGAGCGAAAACGCUACGAGUGCGAAGAAUCUGGCGAUGAUGAAGAUGAAGAACUGGGAAACUUGCCGCCUAGAACGCACAGCCCGCGGAGUCGCUCGAAUCGCCCUGGCUCCAAGCUAGGUAUCGAGAUGAUGAGAACCAACAGCAGAGGAAGUGUGAUUAGCACCGGUGAGGAGAUCCUCAAGAAGGAUAAAGAUUAUGGUGAGAGACGCAAGAGUGGCUCCGACAAUGGAGAUGAGCACGGAGGUGACGCAGCCAAGUCUGGCCGGAGCUCGUUGGAGAGCAAAUUUGAGGAGCUUAGUAUUCCCGAGGAGGUCAUGUUGCCGUCCAUUGAAGACGAUUUAAGCCCGAAACAUCCGGCAUCUCCUCUUGCUUUAGCCUCAAAGUCAAUGCUAUUGAGCCCCGACGCUAAACCACCCUAUUCUCGGUACAUUACGGAGAUUUACAAAAGAGCGGACGGUCGAGCUGGCUCCGAGUCUCCGAAAAGGGGACAAAUAACCCCCCCAAUUGUUUUCCCUGGCCGUGCCUCAGAUUCCAGCGACUCCUAUCCAACUACUCCUCCAAUUGUCUUGUCUGGUAUCAGCGGCGACACGAGGUCGGACCAGUCAAGUAUUCAAGAUUCUGACGCUACGCCUCGGCCCAUGCAUACACCCUGUCCGAAUCCGGAUGCAGAUAAUACUCCUCGACCGGGGAGAUAG